CAUCAUCCGGGUGACUUUUGUUCUGGUCACAGAGAGGAUCCAAGAUGGCGACUCACAUGUCGAGGUAUAGAAGCUGGAGUCGUGUUCAAAGGUUUGGGAUCGCAGCUUACAGAAAGUACAGCAGUGGCGGCCGAUACCCAAAUAUCUCCCUCUCUGCACCCCUGCCUGGGAUCCCCAAGCCAGUGUUUGCAUCGGUAGAUGGUCAGGAAAAAUAUGAGACCAAGAUCACUACUCUAGAAAAUGGCCUCAAAGUUGCCUCCCAAAACAAGUUUGGUCAAUUCUGCACAGUUGGAAUUUUAGUAAAUUCUGGAUCCAGACAUGAAGCAAAGUAUCCGAGUGGGAUAGCUCACUUCAUAGAGAAACUCGCCUUUUCUUCCACAGCUCAGUACGGGAGUAAAGAUGAAAUUCUCCUCACGUUGGAACAACACGGAGGGAUAUGUGACUGCCAAACAUCAAGGGAUACCACCAUGUAUGCAGUGUCUGCUGAAGUUAAGGGUCUGGACACAGUGGUCAGUCUUCUCUCUGAUGCUGUUCUACAGCCUCGCCUGCUGGAUGAUGAAAUUGAGAUGACCAGAAUGGCGGUACGCUUUGAGUUAGAAGAUCUAAACAUGAGGCCAGACCCUGAACCUUUACUCACUGAGAUGAUCCAUGCUGCCGCAUAUCGCGGAAACACGGUUGGACUGCCUCGCUUUUGUCCUGUAGACAACGUGGACGUGAUUGACAAGAAAGUGCUUCACAGCUACCUGCGUAACUACUACUGUCCCGAGCGGAUGGUGCUGGCCGGAGUGGGCAUCGAGCACGAGCAGCUGGUUGAAUGUGCCAGGAAAUACCUGCUGGAGGCGAAGCCGGUGUGGGGGGCAAGUGCAGUGGCCAACGUGGACCUCUCUGUAGCACAGUACACUGGUGGCAUCGUCAAGAUCGAGAAGGAUAUGUCAGAUGUGAGCCUUGGCCCCACCCCGAUCCCAGAGCUCACCCACAUCAUGAUCGGCCUGGAGAGCUGCUCCUUCCUGGAGGAAGACUUUAUCCCAUUUGCUGUGCUCAACAUGAUGAUGGGUGGCGGAGGCUCCUUUUCUGCAGGAGGACCUGGAAAAGGCAUGUUCACCCGCCUCUAUCUGAACGUGCUCAACAGGCAUCAUUGGAUGUACAAUGCCACCUCCUACCAUCACAGCUAUGAGGACAGCGGUCUGCUGUGUAUCCAUGCCAGUGCAGACCCCAGACAGGUGCGAGAAAUGGUGGAGAUAAUAACAAGAGAGUUCCUUCAGAUGGCUAGCAACGCAGGAGAGAUGGAGCUGGAGAGGGCCAAGACUCAGCUCAAGUCCAUGUUGAUGAUGAACCUCGAGUCGCGACCAGUUAUUUUUGAAGAUGUUGGCCGCCAGGUUCUCUCCACAGGAAAGAGGAAGUUGCCACAUGAACUGUGUGAUCUAAUAAGCAACGUGACAGCCAGUGAUAUUAAGAGAGUAACCACUAAGAUGCUGCGCAGUAAGCCCGCAGUAGCAGCUCUGGGAGACCUGACGGAGCUGCCCUCGUACGAACACAUCCAGGCCGCCCUGUCCAGCAAAGACGGACGCCUGCCCCGCAUGUAUCGCCUCUUCCGAUAGGACCACAUGGCCAUCGAGCCGGGUCGCUGUAAAUAAACUGGACUGGAUUACACUAGCGUUCCCUUCCACCACAGAACUCAACCCAGCUCACUGUGGGAGGGGACUGAUACUCUGUCUCUUGACUGAACCUCUGAGAGUGGGGAUUUUAAAGAAAAGUUGCAUUUCACUCUACCGUAGUCUACAUACAAUUGGAGUAUCUGUAUUUGUUGUUUGUGAGCAGGAAAGCCAUAUUUCGUU